AUGGGUCCAUCUAGUUCAUCUUAUACACUACAAGUGAGUUUCCACAAUGUGGAUGCACAGAGGUACAUUUCGGACUCCUUACCUCUUCCGGUUCCCAAAUUAGGUCCAUUUAUGUUCCUCCCUUGGAUUGAGACCGUUUCACUCAUGUUUGUCCUCAUGACAAUCCCCCCAGACUUAACUUGCACCGUCCCGAAUGGUGAAUGCAGUGGAAUGAUGGUAGUGAUGGAAUGCAAGUGUGGUGAGGUGGGAUGGGUGAGAUGCAGAUGGAAUGAGAUGGGAUGGUGUGUUGGGCGGCUUGAGAGGACAUGGGCGAGCGUGGAGAGGUUCUGCUCGGCCAUCAAGUCGCGCCAACUAUGA